AUGGACGGCGCCGUCCGGUCGGUGUGGGCCGAGAACUUCGACACCGAAUCACAAGUGCUCCGCCAAGUCGCGCCCCACGCCCAGCACGUCGCACUGAAUGUGCAGUACCCCGGCUGCGUCGUCGCCCACAGCAGCGGCCGGCACCACCGCGACCUCACCACCGAUGAGAAGUACGAGGUCAUUCGAGCGAACGUGGCCCUGCUCAAGGCGCUCCAGGUGGGGAUCGCCGUCCUCACCGUCGACGGCCAACGCUUCGCCUGGGAGUUCAACCUGCGCGGGUUCGACGUCGAGUCAGACGAUGAAGCGAGAGAUCCCAAGUCCAUCGCCUACCUCACCGACUGCGGCGUCGACUUCAACCGGCUUCCCCGGGACGGUAUCGACGGGUGCAAGCUCCGCUGCCUGUUGCAGGACUCUGGUCUUCUCAAAGCCAGGCCGUCGUGGGCGACGUUCACGGGCGCCUACCACGUCGCCUACUUCGUGACCAUCAUGUCGGGCAAGAAGCUCCCGGAGAGCGUGGACGCCUUCAUGGAGAUGGUGCGAGAGCUUGUCGGGCCGUUGUACGACGUGAAGCGGCUGGCGAGGGAGCACGAUGGGAGCUGCGUCGGAGCGCUGAGCAAUGUCGUGAAGAAGCUCGCCAUCGUGCCGCCCGGUGAAGAGAUCUCCAAGUCGAAGCCUGCCGGCACGGGUAGCAUGCUGGCACUUCUCGCCUUCCAGACGUUGAAGCAGAAACUUGGCACCAACACGGAGAAGUACAGCCACGAGCUGUGUGGUCUUCAGUCUAUUUAA